AUGGCCGCAGAUACUGAUUCCCCUCCUUGCACCUCAGAUAGUCUUCAGCCUACUCUCGCAGGACCUGAGGCGCAGAAAGAUCCAAGCGCGAACCCAUCCCCAACUCCGCUCCCCGAAGCUCCACAGCGGGUCCCAUCUCCAGUGCCCCAGCGCGCCGAAGCGAUGGCCGACACACCAAAUUCCACAACCACAGGGACAACCGAUACCAAGACCGAUCCGGCCGUGGCCGAUAACAAUGCUGUUAAAGGCGAUGCAAAGCCCGCUGUUCCCGUCUCAGAGAAUGCUGCGAAGAAAACAGCCUGCAAGAAACAUCCCGGGAAGGAACAAGAUCCCAAAAACCGGAAACGCGACCCGAAGAAGAAGUCGCGGAAGGGCAAGAAACCGUCCAUAGUCACGCCAACUGACGACAGCUCCUCAGAUGUAAGCUCGUCCUCGGAAGUCACGAGCACCAGCGAAUCCAUCUUAGAGGAGGAAGAGUCUUCUUCGGAGUUUUCUGAAUCGGAAGUCGACCGGCAUUCUCGACGGAGGGGAACAAAAGCCAAAUUGAGUCGGGGCCUGAAGCGCAAUAAAAAGAAGAAAUUCAAGUCCCGCUACGACGAUGACUUGGAAGAUGAGUCUGACGUUGAGGAGACUGAGCAGGAUGAUUCCUUCGACGAGAAGCAGCUCAGGAAAUUCGUUGCUAGGCUCAGCAAGCUGAAGAAGGCCAGGAUGCUUAACACCACUGGUGAUUCUUCAGAGGACCAGCAAUUCGACUCUAGUAAUGCCGAUCUGCUUGAUAUGUCGCUUGCGCUUGCGAAGGAGAAGCUCAAGACGAAAGAGGCUGAAGGGAAACGUAUCAAGCUGCGCGGGAGACGAAAUUUGCUUGCUGAUGCCCUUGGGGAACCCCAGAAAGGCUACUUACAGAAAGGCCUUCAGAAGAAGCUGCCAAGGAAAGCCGGUACAAAAAUGGCCUUCAAAAGGGUUGACCAACUAUGGGACAACACAAUCCACAAGUUCAAGCUUACUGAGACCGUCGAUGAUCCCGGCGCGAAUGAGUGGGAUCAAUACCUUUUCACCGUCCGGCGCAAGUUCGACUGGGAGGGCAAGUAUAUGGAAACUGUGGUAGACCUCAAGAGCAAGCACCUCCGCGAGGCUUUGAGCAAGGUUAUGGACGGGGUCAAAGGUGUCAGUUUGGUGCAAGAUACUGCUGUCGUGGAUCCCAACAUGCUCUUCCUCUAUCUCGAAGAGACCCGAGAUUACAUGAAAGAGCUCAAACAACAGGCCAAGACCGAGAAGAAGAAGAAAGCACGAAAAGUAGCGGCUCUCAAAGCGCAUCAACUCAAGGUCCUCGUCAAAUACCUGGACACGGACUAUGCCGAAACGAAGAAGACAUUGUACCCAUUGCUGGAAGCGAACACUAUUACCUUCGAUCUGCUUUGGGCGCUAUUCAAGCCGAACACCAUCGCUUAUGCACCCACAUACGGUAAUCAAGACGAGCCGCGCGCAUUCAAGAUUGAAUACGCCGUCAAGGAGUCAUCCUUCAUGAAAGGCCAGUGGUACAGUGUUGAGGGCCGAUAUCUCGAAUAUGACGGCAAGACAUUCGGCAUGGGAACAAUGGAAGCUAUUGUAGAGUCUUUCAAAGGAGCCCGCAAGAUCACCAGUCUAGGAUGCUACCCACUCAAGUACCACCGUGAUGCCGAGGAGGUCAAGGCAAAGCUUAUCGAACGUGGUCGGAAAUUCGUGUCUCUGAAGGGUAUGAGUUAUCGAUUCCACAAGGGAAUGGCCUUCUACAAAAAGAAGCGCACCGUCAUCAAGGUCAACAUCAAUGGACGGGUCAUGAUUGACCCGGCAAUCCAUCGUCGUAUUAACCCCAACUACCCCAUUAGCACCGUGCGUCCCAAGGACCCCGAUCUGUUAGACGGUUCAGAAGACGAGAGCGAUGGUGGGUGCUGUUGUGUCUCGGGAUCCGAGUCAGACGAGUCAGACGCUCAACACCGCGAAUCAGACUCGCCCAAGACAAAGCUCAAGUUUGUACGAAACAAGCAGGGCAAGCCCCAACUGGUCAGGGUUGAAGUGGACGAGAAUGGUAACGAGGUCGAAAAAGAGGUCAUGGACGAAGUCCCGGACACGUCCGAGCGAGAAUUCACAGAGGAGGAGCUCCUCAUCGCAAGCCCAGUUGUUCUCGGGUUUGCUUUCAGUGAAAAACUCUGGCUGGAAUUCAGCAUCUCCGGCAUCAGCGACAUCCAAUGGAAUGAGGACGCAUUCUCCUCGCUCGUUCUCCCAGGCAACCAAAAGUCUAUUGUCAAGGCCCUGGUUGAGUCCCACACCUUCUGCGCCGCCCAGAACAUCGACGACGUAAUCCAAGGCAAGGGGCGCGGCCUCGUCGCCGUCCUCCAUGGGCCACCAGGAACCGGCAAAACCCUAACAGCCGAAGGCAUUGCCGAGCUUCUAAAGCGACCCCUAUACAUGGUCAGCGCAGGCGAAUUAGGCACAGACUCACGAACACUCGAAGGCGAGCUGAACAAAAUCCUGGACAUCGCACACUCAUGGGGCGCAGUUCUCCUCCUCGACGAAGCAGACAUCUUCCUAGAGAAGCGCACAAUCCAGGAUAUCCACCGUAACGCCCUUGUCAGCAUCUUCCUGCGUCUGCUCGAAUAUUUCCAGGGGAUCCUGUUCCUGACAACGAACCGCGUCGAAACGUUCGACGACGCCUUCCAGUCCCGCAUCCACGUCGCACUGCGCUACGGCGAUCUCACCACUAAGGCCAAGCGCAGCGUGUGGAAGAUGUUCUUGCAGAAGGUGCAGGCCGUCGAGGGAGUACAGAGCUCCAGCUUUACGGAGAAGGACUUUGACAUGUUAUGCCGCCACAACCUUAACGGGCGACAGAUCAAGAACUCCGUCCGCACGGCCCAGGCCCUCGCCGUCAACGAAGGAAACCCGCUAUCCAUGGAGCACAUCAAGCGUGUUCUCGAGGUCGCCGAGACGUUUGACCACGACCUGCGGGGCGGGACGGGUUACGUGGACGCCAUGCGGAGUUACACUUAG